AUGAGGUCCGGUGCCGCUCUCGUCUUGCUCGCCGGCCUGGCUGCUGCCUACCCAGGCGAAGUCCUGCGCAAACGCGCUCUCAAACCACGCGAAGGCUGUCCAGCUGAACUCACGCCCGGCCAGUUCGAAUUCCCCCACUACAUCACACAGAUCUCCAAGUCUCAGCCCGACAAGGCUUUCGGGCCCCAAUAUAACGGCGUCUUCACUCCCAAUGAUAUCUCGUCCAUCUUCAGCUUUGACGUUCCUGCCUCUCGCGCCGACGCCAAUUGCACGCUUGAGUUCAUCUUCCCGCUGAAAUCGCAGCUCAAGACCUCCAACUUCGAAUACGAAGGUGGCGGCUCAUUCUUCUUCACUGGAUACAAUCCAGGCAGCUGCCCGGGACCAGAGACGACGUACAACAACCAGCCCGCCCCGGGUCCUUUCCCUCCGUUCCCGCCCAUUCACAUGGAACCGGGAAACGCUUACACCAUUGACGUCGGCCCUUGCUUUGUGGGCGCGGGAACCUGUGUUGCUGGAAUGACCUCGACAAACGACACCAACUUCUGGUUCUUCCAGGACCAAGACGAGUGCCCGAUUGGCAUUUACACGGCAUACUCGUACGGUCUGCCACCGAUGGCCAUGCCGCCUGCAUAA